AUGGCGGGGCGGGGAGCUUGGGGGCUGUGGGCAGCGCUGGGCUGCGGGUUGUGGCUGCUGGCGGGCGGGCAGGAGCAGGCGGGCGGCGGGCAGCCCUGGAGGCAGCUGAUCCAGUGGGAGAACAACGGCCGCGUUUACAGCUUGCUGAACACCGGCGCCGAAUACGUCCCGGCGGGACAAGAGAGACCCGGUGGGAACCGGUUGUUGUUGGCGGGAGCCGUCAGCGGAGGGCCGGGCAGCGUCCGGAGGCAGGCACCGGCCGUCCCGCCGCGCCCGGGCUCCGAGACGGUGCGGGGGCAAACGCGACACCCCUUCGGUUUCGGGCAGGUGCCCGAAAAUUGGCGGGAGGGGCCUGUGGGAGACAGUACCGCUUCGCAACGGGUCCGGCCCGCCGGCCGCUCCCGCCAGCCUUCCUCCUCCUCCUCCUCCUCCUCCUUCGCCUACGCCUCCGUCGGGCAACCGCCGUACCCCCAAUUCCCCUUCGCCCCCCAAUACGAGCCCUACGAGGCCCCCCGGGCCUACGACGAGGCGUACACCUAUUACCGCUCCACCGGCGGGGCGGCCGUGGCUUCGGCGGCGGCGGGUGCCAGCGUGGUGUACCCCUUCCAACCCCGGGCACGCUACGAGGACUACGGGGAGGAGCAGAGCCCCUAUAGAUCCCAGGGGUACUACCCGGCGGCCGAACGCCCCUACGUGCCCGCCGCCCCCCAACCGGUUGACGGGCUGGACCGCCGGUACUCCCACAGCUUGUAUCACGACGCGGGGGGCUCACCGGAGCAGGGCGGCCCGGACUCGUACGCCAACCAACAAGCCGCCGGCCACGGCGGUGCGUCGAGCGAUAACCUGCAAGCUCCCGCCGGGACGGGGUACGGGGGACAGUACCCGCCCUACGAGCCGCAGCCGCCUUUUCGGGCGCUGGAGCCUUACGGGGUUCCUCGCCCCGAGUCCUACCUGCCGGCCAGGAGCCCCGACAUGCCGCAAGCCGUCCCCGAUAGCCAAGCCCGGGUCAGCGUGGGCAGCGUCUACAGGCCCAGCCACGGCGGACGGGGUCUCCCCGACUUGGUGCCGGACCCCAACUAUGUGCAAGCAUCCACCUACGUGCAGCGAGCUCACCUGUACUCGCUGCGCUGCGCCGCCGAGGAGAAGUGCCUGGCCAGCACCGCCUACACCGCCGAAGCCACCGACUACGACGUGCGGGUGCUCCUGCGGUUUCCCCAGCGGGUGAAGAACCAGGGCACGGCCGACUUUCUGCCCAGCCGGCCCCGGCACAGCUGGGAGUGGCACAGCUGCCACCAGCACUACCACAGCAUGGACGAGUUCAGCCACUACGACCUGCUGGAUGCCACCACGGGGAGGAAGGUGGCCGAGGGCCACAAAGCCAGCUUCUGCCUGGAGGACACCACCUGCGAUUUUGGCAACCUGAAGCGUUACGCCUGCACGGCCCACACCCAGGGCUUGAGCCCGGGCUGCUACGACACCUACAACGCCGACAUCGACUGCCAGUGGAUCGAUAUCACGGACGUGCAGCCAGGGAAUUACGUCUUAAAGGUUCAAGUGAACCCCAAAUACAUCGUCCUGGAGUCAGACUUCACCAACAACGUGGUGAGAUGCAACAUCCAUUACACCGGGCGCUACGUCGCCACGACAAACUGCAAGAUUUCCCAGUAA